AUGCAAAUAUCAUACAAUCAUAUUAAAGAUCUUAAAAGUCCAUUCGCUAAUGAAUUAAAUCGCCAAAUUCAUACAAAUAACGCUGCACAUCCGAAUUCUGUCAAAAGAAAACGAUAUUCCAAUACUAAAAUCACUUUAGAUUCAACAAGAUUCGACUUGUGUACAUCUGUGAAUGAAAAUGGCGGAAGCAUCUUCGUUGAAAACAGCCAAAUAAAUUUAAUUUCGUGUAUCUUCUAUAAAUCUUCCUCAAAUUGCGGUGGCGCUGUUUAUGCAAAUGGUGGUGUAGUAACAUUUGAAGACUGUUCAGCCGCUAGAUGCAAUUCCUCAGAUUCCGGUUCGGCAUUUUAUUUCAACAAUACAGUUGUAUCAGUAACAAGAGGAUUUAUAUUAAAAUGCUAUUGCGAAAAAUCAGGUUCCUUGUACUUUCACAACUCACAUAUCACUGUUAAAGAUGUUAAGUUGUAUGAAAACAAAGCAAAAGAUUCUUUACCUGGCAUUGUAGUUAUUAAAUCACAAGGAUUAGUAUUUGGUAUAUAUUUCAAUGAAAAUGUAGCUGAAAAUGAUCAAAAUGGAAGAAAUAUUGUCUUCCAAUCGACAGGUGAAGUAAUUUUCGAAAAGAGUUUCUUCUUUGGAGAAACAGAUAAGUCAAUUACAUAUUCAAAUGAUUGUAAUCUCAGAAUUCACUCUUUAGUAUCAGAAUCUGGAUAUAGAGUCUUAUUUUCUAGUUUUGAAAAGGCUAGAAAUGUUCUGAUAAGUAUAGAUUCAUUCAAAUCUGAUCUUCCUCCUUUUCCAGAACCUCCUUUUGAAUUAGACCAAGAAUUUUUCCAAUGGUCAUUAAUGGAUGCAGGAAUAACUUAUGAGAGGAUCGUUAUUAUCGGAUUUAUCAUGCUUCUUAUCUUCCUUAUUAUUGUUUUUACGAUUCCAAAAACAAUUGCUCAUCCUAUCCAAGAAGUGAUGUGGGAUCGUAUUUAA